GCCUGGAAAUAACGGUAUCCCAUAGAAACCCUGCGAAGCAGCAAAAUUAGUCUGCUUAAACCCUUUGAAAGAUUCGACCACGAUGGCUGCUUCAACCAUUCUUUCGAGAUUAUCCUCUCGUUCUAAAUCUCUGGUUCUCAAACUCCACAAAAACUCAUUAUCGCCUGAGUUUUCUCCGCUCAAAUCGGGCUGUCCAUCUCAGGUUUCCAAUUCCUCAAGGCGCGUUCAUGGGAUUUCAAGAUUACCAUUGGAGUUGAGCAGUCUGGGAUCGCUGAUGCCCUUACACAGCGCAAUUGCUUCAGCUCGUCUGACAUCCAUUCUAUCGGUGGAAUCUCAGAGUUGGGGAUUGAUUCCUCAGGCGAAUUGGACUGUUGGAGCCUUGGUGUAAUGUGAGCUUUAAUGACUAGACUUUU